UGACGUAUUUGAAUUUCAUGCAGCCGGCCGCCGGCUGUCAGUUCCCAGUUGUCAUUUGCACGCCAGCGUUUCCUGAGUAAGUUCGUUGCCGCAACUAUUCUACGCCUCAUUUAAUUUAAAUUAUUUUUCAACAAGAUGCCGCUGCAACUCACCAAACCGGCGCCCCAGUUCAAAACCACGGCUGUGGUGAACGGCGAGUUCAAAGACGUCGCACUGUCGGACUACAAGGGCAAAUAUGUAGUGCUCUUCUUCUACCCGCUCGACUUCACAUUCGUCUGCCCCACCGAGAUCAUCGCGUUCUCCGAGCGCGCGGACGACUUCAGGAAGAUCGGGUGUGAAAUCAUCGCCGCGUCGACCGACUCUCACUUCACUCACCUCGCGUGGAUCAACACGCCGCGCAAGCAGGGCGGUCUCGGCCCAAUGAACAUCCCCAUCAUCAGCGACAAGUCGCACCGCAUCGCGCGCGACUACGGCGUGCUCGACGAGGAGAGCGGCAUCCCGUUCCGCGGCCUCUUCAUCAUCGACGACAAGCAGAACCUGCGCCAGAUCACCGUCAACGACCUGCCCGUGGGACGUUCCGUAGAAGAGACCCUCCGCCUUGUCCAAGCGUUCCAAUACACGGACAAGUACGGUGAGGUGUGCCCGGCCAACUGGAGGCCCGGCUCCAAAACGAUCAAGCCCGACACCAAGGCGGCGCAGGAGUACUUCGGCGAUCAGAACUGAGACUAGCGUAGAUUUCCUUUAGCGGCUGUUUUAUUUAAUACUUAUGAAUAAUAAAUAAAAACUUGUUAAAG